CUGGCCGGGCGCUGCCCACCCGAGGGAGCCCGCGCCCCGCGCCCGCCCCACGAAGCCGGGCACCUGUGCCAGGCAGCCCCAGCGAAUCAACUGACAAGGGACCUGCAGAGCAAACACCAUGAGCAUCUCAGCUCUUGGAGGCAGCUCCAAAGGGAAGCCUCUGCCACCAGGCGAGGAGGAGCGCAAUAACGUCCUUAAGCAGAUGAAAGUUCGAACCACGCUGAAGGGGGACAAGAGCUGGAUCACCAAGCAGGAUGAAUCAGACGGCCGCACUAUAGAGCUGCCCUCAGGCCGGAGUCGUGCCACAUCCUUUUCAUCAGCUGGGGAGGUCCCCAAAGCCAGGCCUCUGAGCACGAGGGCUUCCACUGGCUACAUCAUCCGGGGAGUGUUCACCAAGCCCAUAGACAGCUCAUCCCAGCCCCAGCAGCACUUCCCCAAGGCCAACGGAGCUCCGAAAAGUGCUGCCGGCCUGGUGAGAACAGCUAGCACUGGCCCUCCCCGCCCCUCAUCCUCUGGCUACAAGAUGACCACCGAGGACUACAAGAAGCUGGCGCCCUACAACGUGCGGGGCAGCUCUACGUCAGGAGAUGCCGAAGAGGAGGAGGUGCCCUUCUCUUCCGAUGAGCAGAAACGGAGGUCAGAGGCUGCGAGCAGUGUGGUGAGGAAGACAGCUCCCCGGGAGCACUCCUACGUCCUGUCGGCAGCCAAGAAGAGCACUGGCAGUCCUACCCAGGAGACACAGGCGCCAUUUAUUGCAAAGAGGGUUGAGGUGGUGGAUGAGGAUGGGACUUCUGAGAGGAGCCAGGACCCACCUGCUCUGGCAAGACACACUCCUGGCUCGAGCAGUGCGGAUGGAGGCAGAACCAAAGUGUCUCGGGCGAUUUGGAUCGAGCGUGCGCCGAAUGUGCCUAGCCCCGCUGGCAGCAGGGUGCUCAGCUCGAGAGGUGAGGAAAUCGUCCGCCUGCAGAUCACGACACCUAGGGCAGGACUCCGCCUGGUGGCCCCAGACCUGGAAGGCAUGAGGUCUUCUCCCAGCCACACAGACAAGGAGGUGCCUUGCUCCAGAGGGCUUGAGAGGGACUUGGCUGGUGAGGAGAUUGUCAGGAGCACCGACACAGACUCUGAAAGGUCAAGUGCACAGUCAAGUGAUGGCAACGUGGGAUCCGGAGCCACAGGGUCCCUACCUGAAGGCUUGGCUGGAGCAGACGUUGCUUCUGAAAGAGGAGGGCUGUGCUUGGCUGCUAGCUUCGCCCCUUUCCUGGAUGAUCGGGAUGUACAUGGUGCCAACUCUCAGUCCUGCAAGCCUGGACCAGCAGCCAUCAGUUCCAGUGCCACUUUGGUCUCUGCUGUCCCGGCUGAUAGGAAGAGUGACAGCACAGCAGACCUGGAGGACACAAAGGAAGACCCAAAGGGCGCCUUGGCUGGUUAUGAGAAGAAUAUGGCCACCAAGGUUGGAGAGGCCUGGCAGGAGACGCCUGGAGCCCCGAGAGGUAGCCAGGGAGACCCAGCUGUACCCACGCAGCAACCUGCAGAUCCCAGCACCCCAGAGCGACAGGGCGGCCCCAGUGGACCCGAGCAGCUCAUCGGACUGGAGAGCUGUGGCAGCAGCGCCUUGGCUGGUUAUGAGAAGAAUAUGGCCACCAAGGUUGGAGAGGCCUGGCAGGAGACGCCUGGAGCCCCGAGAGGUAGCCAGGGAGACCCAGCUGUACCCACGCAGCAACCUGCAGAUCCCAGCACCCCAGAGCGACAGGGCGGCCCCAGCGGACCCGAGCAGCUCAUCGGACUGGAGAGCUGUGGCAGCAGGGUGAGAAGCCCCUCAAGCUGCAUGGUCACUGUUACUGUUGCUGCCCCUUCUGAGCAGCCUCACAGUUAUAUUCCAGCACUGCCAAGUGAAUUGGACUCCAGCUCGACCACUAAAGGGAUUCUCUUCGUGAAGGAGUACGUCAAUGCUAGCGAAGUGUCUUCCGGGAAGCUGGCGUCUUCACGCUAUGGCAGUGUCAACAGCACCGAGGACUCGUUUGACAUGGAGAAGAAACCCCCAUAUGACAGCACCCCAUACUCUGAGAGAACAACUGGAGGGAUCUGUACUUACUGCAACCGUGAGAUCCGAGACUGUCCAAAGAUUACCCUAGAACAUCUUGGCAUCUGCUGCCAUGAAUAUUGCUUUAAGUGUGGGAUUUGCAGUAAACCGAUGGGUGAUCUCCUGGACCAGAUCUUCAUUCACCGUGAUACCAUCCACUGUGGGAAGUGCUAUGAGAAGCUUUUCUAGGCUGGUCAGAAGCUGAUGACUCCCGGAUGAGUUUGGCUGUCUCCAGUUGCCGCAAGUUGCUGGCUCCUCUUCCCUCACUUCCUCCCUCCCUGUUUGAUUUCUUCAUGCUUUUGCCCUUCUCAAGUUGAACUUGCUUAUGUCCAACAUCAUAUCUUCAUGAUGCUAUGAUAAUUGCUUGUGGGUUUAGCUUCUUAUAGCUUGGAAAGCACUUUACAUCCAUGAUCUCAGUUCAGGCUCAAUCAAAGAAGAUUGAACAAGAAUUCUGUCUUGACUUCACCAGGACAGAUUGACUUUCUAAUCAGUUUAGGUAGGCAGAAGUAUGGAGUUCAGUGUAUCCUGACUCCCUUGAUGCUUCUGAGGGGCCAGGUUGAAGACUAUUGAUGAUCCCUGGUGGGUAAAUUGCAGGCAUUGAGUGCUUGGGAUUGGCAUAGGCUGAUGUUAGCUUGUGUAUUUGCCGUAUAUAUGUUUUUAAUUUCUAUAAACUUUUUAAAGUAGUUAGUUGCUUUUGAUUGAGUUAUAUGGCAAUUUUUUUAAUUAUCUCCUCCCACCCAUCUUUCACUAUAUUUGAAUUUUUCCCUGCAGAUAUGUGGGCAUGUAUUGGAAGGUUUACACAGUUAGGUUUAAAUUCAAUAGAAUGUGAUUUUAGGAGGCUACUGACCAAAGGGAUACCUGGGUCUGUUGGAACCUUGAUAGCUGACUAAUACUUUUGCCCUCGAUUCCUGCUCUCUGAGCUUUACACACAAAUCUUCUCAAGUGGGUUUUAGGGUGAUUAGAUCCCAGCAGGAUUAAAAGGGGAGAAAAGCAGCUAACAUUUCUUGAGGCCUUACCAUGUACCAGGCACUGUCACAAAGUGAUGGCAUUAAUCCCCAUAAUAAUCCUGUGAAGAGGGUAUUCUUGUACCCAUUUUAUAGAUGAGGACACUGAGGCUCAGAGAGGUGGUCAUUGUGUUGUGUAGAGCUCUGUGCAGAACCAUUGCUCGCUCUCUCCAGAGCUCAUGCUCUCUCCAGGAGCAGUAAUCACAGUAGCAAGUAUUGACUUAGCGCUCAGUAUGCACCAAGCACUGUGCCGAGAAUACCUAAUUCCUACGAGGUAACACCACUCCCGUCUGAGCUCCAGAGGCAUACUCUUACAAGGAGGGGAAGGGGGGAAGGUGUGACAUCGCACUCUUCUUCUGGGCAUCCCAGAUCCAUGGAUUUGCCCCCCGCUUGAAGUACUACAAGGGCCAGACUGCCUUUCUUUCCUCUCCUCCCCUUUUUGUGAGACUGCUUCUGAACUGGGAUGCUGUCAGCUGGGAGCAGAUUUGCCUCAUAGAUCUUUCCAAAGAGGAGCUUGGCAAUCCAAGGGAAGCUCCAGUGGGCUAGCCUAUCUGAGCAGAGUUUUCAGUGACCUCCUAUUUUCCAAUCCAGACUCUGUCUCAAGCUAGCAACAACUGCUGGGGCCUCAUGUACUUGGAACAUGGAAACCUGUUGGCCAGCUGGGCAGAUGCAGGCCCGUCCAUGCAGUCAGCUGACACUCUGUUCAGGCUCAAUUGUACCCUGCCACCUUUGGGCCCAGCAUCACUUUGUAAGCUCCUUGAGAGGAAGAACAACCUUACGGUAUUUCUGAUACAAAAUGAGGGCCUCUUCUCUUGAUUAAUUAUAAAAUGUCUCCAUCUUUCUCCAGUUUCUGAACCCUGUUCACAUUGGCUUGUGGACUUGUUCUUCCUGCCAAAUGAUCAGAGAGGAAAAUUCCAUUUACUUGCGUAGCUGUGCAUCAGAUUUACCCUGGUGGAGAAAAGUACGGUAUGCCAUGUACACACACUAAGUAUGAGCUGGUCUUCCUCAAGUCUAGCCCCCAGCAUGGGACUUGGCUCAUAGUGGGCACUAACACACAGGAGCUGAAUGAAUGAGUCAAAGAGAAAGAAAAGUCACUCCUUUAGUGAGAGGCUCCAUCCCUGAGACUCAGUGCAGGCCCACCUGAUGGCUUCCCUGCCUUCACAGUGUGCUCUACCUUUAAGGGCAUUUUAGAACCAAUAUGCAAGAUAUUGAAAGAAAUCUUGCAAGAUCAGUAUUGAUUUUGAUCCAAAACCGCCUCUUUCAUGUCUAAAAAGGCACAGAAACUGCAGACUUACGGAAGAGCUGUGGUUGCAUUACAUCUUUGCUUCCUUUUAAUUGCUUAGUGUUUCUAAUCAUAUUUGCUUAAUCCACAUUACUGUGCACAAUUAUAAUAAAUGUUAAGAUACUACA